AGGGGAUGUUUAUCUCUGAGCACGUCUUUCACACGCCUCCUGCGAGCUGUGCAAAUAUAAAAACGAUCUUGUGUGACUGUGAUUGCAUAACUAUAGGAAUUGGUCUUAUUCGUAAAACUUGAGCAGAGCGAAGAUGAAAUACAGAGCAGGUUCUUUGAAAGUGGUGUGGGCCUGGAUGGUGAUUCUGAUGCAAAGCUUGGAUGCAGCACAUGCACCAACAACCGCCGGGUUUUCAUGCAAGCCAAAAGAGCAGACAGCCCUCACCAAAAGUCUAGUUAAAGACUGCUUGACAAGUUUUGAUGCAGCCAAUGGGAAGCACCUUGGCACUUGGUCCCCAGGCUUCCCUGAGCUUGAGGUCCACGAGAACUCUACUCUCCGUGGGUCAAAGGUUCAGUGUAGCCUCUCCUUCAUGGCUCAGGGCCUGGAGGAAGUCCUGGAGGACCAGGUGAAACACCUGAAUACCGAAGAUGUGUCACUUCACAAGAAGCUCAGGGACACCAUCACCAGGGUCAAAAGCCUCACAGCGUGCAUGAAGAAAAUUCUCGGAGGGGAAUGCUCCCCAAAACCACCUCCACCAAAAAAGCCCAGGCAUGCGUUUGAUAGGAAGCAGUGGAGUCACACUCUGUUAAAGACAGCCGGAGACUAUCUGGACUGGCUGAAGUCUAAGCUUGGGGAACAAAUUUCAAAGGUCAAAGGGCAAAAUAAGAUAAAACGCACAGCUACUGGGGCUACACGUCAGAUGUACUUGGAGGGGAGUGGAUACCUCUUGUAAUUCUUUUUUCAACACAAGUUGAUCUCAGUUUGUGAUACAGGCAUGAUUACCCUUUUUUGGCACUGUUUUUUUGUGGUCUUAUUUGUAAUGUAUACACCAUAUUGACAUGCAUUUAGGACAUUUGCUGUCUUGAUUUUCUGUGUAAGAAUGAAUGCAUGAAUUUAAUGCAAUUUUCCUAAAGAAAUAUUGUUUUAACAGACAGUCUUAAGUAGAUACAUUGCUGCUUAUAGUUGUAAUAUGACAUUUUGAGAAAUUUAUAUAUUCACUUUCAGGCUAAUCCAACUUUAAAAAAUGUUCCCAAAAAGUGCAUCUGUUUGUCUAAAAGCUGUAUGAAAUGUCUUUGUUCAAAUAAAUGAUACUUUUCAGCAAAUGA